AUUUAUGAGUAUUACGUGUGACGGGUCGCAUAACAGCUUUUCAUUUGUUGUACAAAUUUGUUAAUAUAGAAGUUUGUUCUAUUGUUUAUAUUUCUGACACGACCUUUUAGUUAGAGCUUACAUCUUAUUAAAUUAUAAUGUCCGAACGCGAAAUUGAAGCCGCCUCUACGAGUGGCGAGCCCGAAAUAAUUUCGGAAAAUGUUGAAAAGCUCUCAGAUUCCUGCGAACCUGAGAGAAAAAAGCGUAAAAUAACAACAAAGAAUGACGAAAAGAACGAUAAAUUAGAGAGUAGAUUGGGUGGGAUUUUAUGUUGCGCGGUGUGUUUGGAUCUCCCAAAAGCUGCUGUUUAUCAAUGCACGAAUGGCCAUCUGAUGUGUGCUGGUUGUUUCACACACGUGCUUGCAGAUGCACGCCUUCGUGACGAGAUCGCAACAUGUCCAAAUUGUCGUGUCGAAUUCAGCAAGAACUCGGCCUCACGUAAUUUGGCAGUCGAGAAAGCAGUAUCAGAAUUGCCCAGCGACUGCCAAUUCUGCGCGCGGGCGUUUCCCAGGAAUACUCUUGAGAGACAUGAGGAAGCCGAAUGCGAAGAACGCUUAACAGGGUGCAAGUACAGCCGUAUCGGGUGCCCAUGGAGAGGACCAGUCCAUGAAAUGGGAUCACAUGAAAUGAUUUGCGUUCACCCACACAAAUCAGGCGCUGAGGUCAUGCAAGCACUUGAGGUUAUGGAUCAAAAAACACAGGAAGAAAAAAAGUUGUACGAUCAGAUAUUUGAUCUUCUAUCUUACGAAAAGAUAAUCUUUAGUGACUUGCAAAUGAAGCCAUAUCGCACAGAUGAAUUUGUUCAUAAACUCUUUUACGAAACUUCCCGAUUUUCGGCCUUCAACAAUCAGUGGGUCGUCAAAGCGCACAUCAAUAAUUGCCAGAGAGAUCCCACACAGAGCUCGGAACGUGAUAUUACAUACCAGCUGGUUCUGAAAACAAAAAUAACAUAUCCGAUCAGUGUGCAUUACUUUGUUUUACGAGGUCCUUUCGGCGAUAUGAAAGCUUUUCCAAGGAUACAUCAUCACGAUUUUACUGAGGAAGAUAAUGAAAGUGAAUACAUGCCAUUGCCUUUAGAGGAUACUAAUGAGUGCAAUCGGCUGCUCGCAGGAAAAGCUAUAAAUUUCAGGCUCAUUAUGUUUAUGGUGUCGAAGUAAUACCGAAUAUCGAAUACCGAAAAAUAAAGUGAUUACUUCAAUGUUUGAGAGCGAAUCAAGACUAUAAUUUUGUAUUAGGCAUAAAUUUAUCUAAUUUUUCGAUUUAUUAUAAAUAGAGUAUGAUCUCGCACGCGCACAUGCUUAUAUUAUAAAGUAAAUAAUGAAUUAACUAUUUACAUUUUAUGUAUGUAAUUCUUAUAGUUGAACUAUUUAUUUUAUUCAA